CCAUUGCCUUGUGGUCACAGGAUGGAAGUCUGCAGGUGUCACCACGGUUACCUAAUCUCUCUUCUCCUUUUCCUGUUCCAUUCAGAGACAGCCUGCCACCCCCUGGGAAAGAGACCCUGCGAGAUGCAAGCCUUCAGAAUCUGGGAUGUCAACCAGAAGACCUUCUACCUGAGAAAUAACCAGCUAGUUGCUGGAUACUUGCAAGGACCAAAUACUAAAUUGGAAGAGAAGAUAGAUGUGGUGCCCAUCGAGCCGCAUGCUAUGUUCCUGGGGAUCCAUGAGGGGAAGCUGUGCCUGGCCUGUGUCAAGUCUGGUAAUGAGAUCAAGCUCGGGUUGGAGCCGGUAAACAUCACUGACCUGAACAGCAGCAAGGAGGAGGACAAACGCUUCGCCUUCAUCCGCUUCGACAGCGGGCCCACCACCAGCUUCGAGUCGGCCGCCUGCCCCGGCUGGUUCCUCUGUACCGCGCUGGAGACCGACCAGCCCGUGGGCCUCACCAAUACGCCUAAAGAUGCUGUCCAGGUCACCAAGUUCUACUUCCAGCAGGACCAGUAG